UAAAAAAGAAAGCUUGAAAAAAUUUGAAUGCAAGGAAACAUUUCAACAAACGCCUGCAAGUCGUCUUCUAAAAUGCUGACUAUUUCACAACCGUGAACAAUUAUUUACUCAUCCACAUGGUUAUUCGAGUGAAUCAAGCUUCAAGCGCUUAGUUCAUUCCUUCUAUAUGUAAACAAUCAUGAUAUCAUCAACAGUUUAUUUCGCGUUCCCGGUCCAGCUGUUCGUUCAGUCCACUUUUAUCACCAAGCCGGUGAUGUUGUGUUAUCGCGUGAGUCACAGCUACGAUGGAGGAACCUAAGGAUUACCCACCACUGCCCACAGAGAUUUUGGAGCUGGUAUUUCAUCACCUAAGUGCGCACCAAUUGAAGCGGGCCCGGCUAGUCUGUCGAGCAUGGAAUGAAACCAUUUGUGGAAGCAAUUUGCUGCUGGAUAAAUUUGUGUUCAUGGUGAACCAUGCCGGUACCUGCCGGAAGACCUGCUCGGAUUGUGCGGCUUUGGCGAAUGCUCGAGGAAGAUUUCUCAAUAUAAAGUUAUCAUAUAUUCUUCUGGAAAAUUGGAGUCUGGUUAGUGAGCAUCUCCAGAGAGUUACUUUGAAUUGUGGCUACGGAUUCAAGGUUGAAAGUUUGCUCAAUAUGCUUAGAAAUGUUAGCAAUCUACAAAGUCUCACUUUGAGCGACGUCUCUAUAGAUGAUUUCAAACUGCAGAAUGUAAAGCUUGAUUUCAAAAUGAAACACCUCACAGAGCUUUCGAUCUUAAAUGGCCGAAUACCAGUGAAGUGUUUGUACGUGUUCAAGAAGGUCUGCGUUCGCUUGGUGGUUUUGAACUUUGUGGACUGUUUCGACUGGAAAUGCUUUUCAGAUCACAGUGAUGAACAGCUGUUCAAUUUGAUCUUUGCAGUACGAGAUACGCUGGAGCAUCUCGGACUUACAUACCGUAACAUCCAGGGAGAUUUACUGGAGAACAUAGCUUCCAUCGAUCGAUUGGAGCUUAAGCGGCUCUCGCUGGAUAAGUGUGAUAAACUGAAGGAACAACACCUCAUCAGCUUGAGUCGUUUGCAACCAGGACUAGAGCACCUUGAAGUUCGAUCUUUGCAUUUCCGUGAUGAAAACAUCCUCACCGAAGUUUGUCAAAAUCUAGCCAACGUUACAUGCUUCACUCUGCAAACGAUUCAGCUAAAUAAUACUUCGUGGUUGAGCUACUCGCCUCGUUUGACACACCUGGAACUCAACAGCAACUGCACUGAGCUAGACUUCGAUGAAGUAGCGCUCCCAAACUUGAAAACCUUACGACUGAAAUGGGUGACGUUCCCAGCUGGAAGCCUUCAGAAACUCUUCAAAAAGGCUCCAAAUCUACGCGAACUAACUUUCAUUUUUUGCACUUUUCAAAAUGCUCCCGAGUUACUAGAAUCAUUGCCUCAGCUAAGAAACCUCCAGCACAUGAAACUCGAUCAAAUCCAUAGCUUUGCCGUUCGCUACCCAAACCUACUCCCCCAUCAGACGACCAACCUUCGCCGACUGGAGCUGAUCGAAGUGAGGCCAAGCUUCCCGUUGCACCUUCUUUGCCAGCGCAGUCCAAAACUUGAAAGUCUACACCUGGAGAGGAUCAACAUUGUCGAUCGGCAGCUGCAGUUGUCGUGCCGAGCGUUGAAGCAUUUGAGAGAGUUAAGUUUGCAGGAGCUCACCAGCGUGACGGGAAGGUUUGCGGAGUAUAUUUGUACUUAUCGGCGGAAUUUGGAAGUCAUCAAAGUGGUUUGGUGCCGAAAGAUUGGAGUCAGUGAAAGGAACCGGUUGAAUGCGUUGAGGGAAAGAUUUCAUGUUACUUGUUGAAGAGAUUCUGAUUUUGAAUUAUUGAGAAGAAGUUCCCAUAAAUUAUGUUCGUGUAGUUCAAAAUGCAUCGUUUUAUGGUGAAAUAUAAUUAAAUAGCAGAUAUUUAUUUUGC